AUGAUGAUACAUGAGCUCCUCCAACAAAUCUUCCAUCUAUUUAGCAAAAACCUUCCUAAAAGUGCUUGGAAUACAAGCUGUACUGAGAAAUUCCAAAAUGGAAUUCAUCAGCAAAUUGAAGAACUGCAGACAUGCUUGGUAGAAGAGUUAUCUAAAGGAAAAAACAGCUCCCGAACAGGGGUCCUAAACAGCACUACUCUCAGUGUGAAAAAGUACUUCCGAAGAAUCACCAACUUUCUAGAAGAUAAACAUUACAGCCACUGUUCCUGGGAAGCAGUUCGAAUGGAAGUGAGAACUUGCUUUAUAUUUAUUGACUGCCUUAUGAGAAAAUACAAGAGAUGA